AUGUUACCCCUAGGUUAAAAUGAAUACCCUUUAUCAAGUCCACAUAUAGCAAAUUCAAUGGUACUGAUAAGCAAACGAAAUCUCCAUAAUGAGGAGGAUGAAUUCUUAACCAAUUUUAAAACAAAACAAUCUUAAUUUAAUAUGCUUGAAAAAAUAAAGAUUUCUCACGAUGCAAGCGAAUAGAGUAUUGCUUCUUAAGAAGAUUCUGAUGAGUUUAAUAACUAAUAAGGCUUUAAAAAUAGGAUUUGGAAGGACAGAGCCCUUAAUAUUAUAGUUCUUGUAGCCAGGUUUGUUACAUAUCUAUUAACUAAUUCUGAUAAAUUUAAAUUACGAUAUCUAGAUCAUCGACAAUUCAAAGUUAUAGGAGAUAAAGCAGCAGAUUUCAAUUUUUAUUUGACACAUAAAUUGAUAAGAGCUAAAGAAAAAGAAGGAUCAUGGGUGGUUAUUAUUAAAUACUAUAAUAGUAAGUAUUACAAACAAAAGUAAAAAUGUAUAUGGGUUUCUUGAGUGUGUUCUCUUCGAUUAUUAAGCCAAUAAAGCCAGAUAAUAUCUUGAAGUUACAAUGGGAUGUUGUUGUAUUUUUUAUUCUUUUGAUCAACAUAUUAUAUAUCCCACUUAAGAUAUCUUUUGAUAUAAUAGUGGUUGAUGGUGUUGAUUUUUUUCUUGAUACUCUACCUUAAUAUGUAUUUGUAUUUGAAAUUUUGUUGAACUUUAAUGUUGCAUACUAUUCAAGAGGAGUGCUUGUUUUGAAUAGAGGAUAAAUAUUUAAGCAUUAUUUGAAAGGAAAGUUUAUCUUAGAUUUUAUUGUGAUAAUCCCUUUUGUGAUUGGUAGAUAAAAUAUCCCAUAUAUAGAAUUUGUAUUAUUAUUCAGAGUUUCAAGAGUAAGAAAUUAAUAUUUAGUAUUUAGGUUAUGCAUAUAUUUGAAAAUAUUGUUGAAACCCUUAAUCUUAGAGUUAAUUUUGCAUCUGCAGUUGAUAUUAUAUCACUAAUGUCAACCUUUUUAUUUGCAUCUCACAUCAUAGCCUGUUUUUGGCAUUUUAUUGCUAUACAAGAAUCAGAAUUCGAAAAUAGUACUUGGAUAUAGAGAGCAUAAUUAUCAGAGGAGAAUUGGAAAGCUCGAUAUCUUACAAGUUUCUAUUGGGCAUGUAUUACAACAUUAACAAUUGGAUAUGGAGAUAUUAUUCCAGUAUUUUAUCUUUUAUUUUUUUAAGGUAACUAUUUAUGAAAAAGUAUUUGUGAUCUUUGUUACAUUAUUGAGUUCUAUUAUUUUUGGUUACACUAUUUCAAGUAUUGGAUCUAUUUUUGCUUAAAUGAGUGAAAAUAAAAAUUAUCUCAGAGAUAGGAUGACAAUGAUUGAUUCAUUUCUUAAAAAAAGAGGCUUAAAUAAAGAUUUAUAAGUUAAAGUUAAGAAGUUUUUUGAAUAUUAUCUAAAAUAAGAAAGAGAUACAGAAUCAGAAUGUGAAAAAUUAAUGAUUCAUCUAUCUGGAAAUCUUAACAAAGAAGUUAAAAUAGACUUUUAUAAGAAUUUGUUAUAAAAUUCAAAAUUAAUUAGAUAAAACUUUUCUUAAUCAUUUAUUGAAAAAUUAUGCAUUUUAGUUAAAGAAUAAUCUUUUGUACCAGAGGAAAUCAUAUCUAAUGAAGGGUAAUAAAUUUAUCAUUAGUAGAUAAAAAGUUGAUCGAAUCUAUUUUAUUCUUAAAGGAGAGGUUGAAGCUUAUAUUAGCAAUAAUAAAAUUAUUAAAGUCUACCAAAGAAAUUAAGCUAUUGAUGAGAAAUCGUUUAUAUCUUAACAUCCUGCCUUAUUCUCAACCAGAGCUGUCAAAUUUUCUAAAUUAGCUUACAUUACAUAUGAUGAUCUUCAAGAUUUGUUAAGGUAUAAUCAAAAAGACAGAGAGCAUUUUUAUUAUGUUAAACAUUAAAUUGAAUUUAAUGGAAGAGUCAAAAUGGGAGGAUGUGAAUUAUGUCGUUAAAAUCACACAUUUACUAGAUGUCCUUUUGUAUUUUAUACUCCUAAUUGCUUAAGAUUAUUUAAAAAAAAUGAUCAUGAUGAAAAAUAAAAAAGAAAAUAUAUUCUUAGAUAAAGAAAAGAUGAGAAAAUUCAUAAUGUACUGUAAAUUAAUUAUUAAUUAAUAGAACACUUUUGGUUAAUUGAGAAAUCUUUAAUCCUAAGUUUUCAAUUUCUGUGUUUAUUAAGGAUUUCUGAAUGAAAUAGGGCUUAAUUCUGAAUUUUUUAUUUCUAACAAAUUCCACAUGUAAUAAGAUUCAGCCUAAGAUGAAUAAGAAGUAAGUGAGUCAAACUCAUAAUUUGAAUCAGAUAAAAAGAUACGUUCAUAAAAUUUAUUGUUAUACAAGAGAGAUUCUAGAAGAAAAGAAUCAGAUAUAAAUAUUAAAGAGGAAAAAUCAAGUAGGUCAAAAAAAAGACGUCCAACUAAAAUAUCGAUCUAAAAAAAUAUAUAAUAAAAAAAUUUUGGAUCUUAAGAAAGAGACUCUACUCCUUUGGAUAGAAAAAUUAAAUCAAGUGGUAAAAGAGCAACUAUUAUAAUAAAUUAAAUCAAAAUGGACUAAAGUUAAAAAAUAGAAGAAGAGCCAAAUUUAUUCUAAACAUCUUUGCCAUUAACUUAGCAACAAUCAUAUUAAUCAUAAUAACAAUAAUAACAAUAAUAAUAAUAAUAACAAUAAUAAUAAUAAUAAUAAUAAUAAUAAUAAUAGUUACAAUCCUAUUCCUCAGAAUAAACCAAACCUUAUGAAAUAGAUUAAGUUUUAUUAAUAGAAAUAGAAAUUUCUAAAAUGAUGGCUGCCAAAGAGUGCGAAAUUGAUACAUAAACUGAUAUGGAGUAUUAUGAUACUGGAUUUAACUUAGAAUAGGUUGCAGCUAAAUUGAAAAAGUCUAAAAAAUUACCAAUAAAAUUAAAAAAACGAAAAAUGAGAAAAUCAUUGGCACGAUCUUAGUCCAUUCGCCAUGUAAGCUAAACAAGAUUUUGA